UCUCCCACCACUGCUCCGCCUCCGCCUCCGCCUCCGCCUCCGCCGCUUCCUCCUCCUCCUCCUCGCACGUUUCGCGGCCUCGCUCCUUAACACGCGCCAGCCGAGCCGGAGCCGCUCGCCGGAGUGCCUGUCUCUUUUUUCGCUGCUCUUUCCCCCGGAGGAAGGCCUGUUUCCGGUUUCUUUGGUUUCGCCGGCCGGCUCCGGUGCCCGCCGCGGAGAGCCGUUCCCGUGCGAUCCCGGCGAGAGUAAAAAUCUGCCUCUUCCGCGCGCCGUCGAAUCACCAGCCCGUAGCGUAGCGGUGGUGUCUGCAUCCCGACCUCGAUCUCGGCGACCUGGACGACGCCGAGAUUCGCAGCUCGCAUGGCUUCCAUGGCGCACGCGGAGGUAAUAAAAACCCAUGUCCUCCUGCCCUCCCGCCACGCGCAUUCUCCCCGGCCUGUUCCUUCCGGCCUGCCUGCUCCAGUUUCUCGUCCCCGCGCGCGGGCGGUAAAUUUCCAGUUUCUCGUGGGCGGUUGGUUAACCCUGGCCUCCAGAUUCCCUUCUACUUCUUCUCGGUGCUCUUUUUUCUUCUUCUGUGGAUGUGGAUAACCGGCCAAAAAGCGUUUCUUUCUUCUUCUUUUUUGCAAAAUCCGAGCUUUCAUUUUGGGUUAGAUAGAUAAUUGUAUCCGUUAAUUGUUUCUCUUGGGAGAAAUGCCUAGUUCUGUUUCUAGAUACUUCUGUUCUGGGGAGGAUCCAUGCUGGCCACAAUAUCUUUGUUAGAGGCUUCCAGAAACAAGGCAUGGGCACUGCCACUAGUACUACUCUGUUAGGUCUACCAACCAGACAUGACAUCAAGCCACGAGUACCAAACACUGGUGCUUUCCACGCUAGGAAAAGGAUGGGCUGGACUCAUCUGGUUUACCGAUCAACAAAGGGCUGACGGUGGAUGUCAUCAAACCUCCGGCGACGGAUGAUGCGACCGCAACGCAGCCCAAGGAGGAGGGGAUGGGUGGGCAUCCUGUCAAGGCUAGGAAGCCGUAUACGAUCACGAAGCAGCGGGAGAAGUGGACGGAGGAAGAGCAUGAGAAGUUCCUGGAGGCACUGAAGCUCUACGGCCGGUCCUGGCGUCAGAUACAAGAACACAUUGGCACAAAGACUGCUGUCCAAAUUCGAAGCCAUGCCCAGAAGUUUUUCUCAAAGGUGGUGCGUGAACCUGCUGCUAAAAUAGCGAUUGAGAUUCCUCCCCCUAGACCAAAGAGGAAACCACUGCACCCAUAUCCUCGCAAGUCUGCGAAUUCCUCAAAUGGGGCAAAUGCAGUGACUGGACAGCAGAAGCUUGCUCCUGUUUCAUCUUCCUCUGGUUCAGACCAAGAGAAUGGCUCUCCCGUGUCAGUGCUAUCUGCAAUGCAGUCAGAUGCCUUUGGAUCAUCGAUGUCAAAUCCGUCAACCCGGUGCACCUCCCCCGAGUCAUCGGAUGAUGAGAAUAUUCUCCCUCCGAUGAUGAGUGAAGAGAAAAAUGUGCCUCGUCAAUUAACAGGGAAAGAUGAAUCCCACAAGGACACUAACCAGGACAACAAAGACACUGUUAUGUCUGAGGAGGACUCUUCUGAUGAGGUGCAGGAAACAAGUCUGAAGCUGUUUGGGAAGACAGUGGUCAUCCCGGACCCGAGGAAAAGAUGUUUGUCAGGGCACGAAAAGGUUGAGAAAAUCUCACAAUCCUCUAGCAAAGCAACAUCACAAGCCCCAUCAGUUGGAGGGAUUCUUCCAUCAUAUGUUGCGCCAAAUGAGUGGGUUCUUCCAUACAAUUCGUAUCCACUCCGUCUCGGCGAACCAGCAGCCCCUUUACAUGUAUGGUGGCCCUACUAUGGGUUUCCAGUUGGCCAUCCAAGAGGACCACCAAGUACCGUGACGCACAACGAAGUUGCCGAUGUGUGUGAUACUGUGAAGAGCCCGCCGGUCGAGUCAAGCUCGGAUGACUCCGACGACAACACUCAGACAGCAAGCAAGAAGUGGAAAUCACUUGAGCCGCUUCGGAUGGUCCAGGUCCCCCGGUCAGCUUCGACAUUCGAGCUGAAGCCAAGCAUGAACUCGGCCUUUGUAAGAGUGAAGCCGGUCAGCGGCGGCGAUCAGCCGGUAAGGGGAUUUCUGCCGUACAAAAGGUGUAGAGCCGAAUAACCAAAGCGGGGGAGACUCCCCCGCGUCUUCUAAUUUAACUACGAACAAUCAUCGGAGCCUGAUCCACAUAUUCUUCUUGCUCCGGAGUAUUCUUCUUAGUCAUUUACUCGCAGAGAUUGGCGGUCUGGUCAGGGUGAUGCGCGUUGUUUCCUGCUCGCACGCUCUUCAUAGAAGAGCGGCCGCGCGGGCAGUUGCUGUAAGUGUAGGCUGAAAGGAAAGGUUUUGUAGGGAUAUGCCAAGUCUCUGUAUAUUCUCUAAUGUUGUUGUAAAAGGAAAAGGUUCUUAUGUUGCUCUUGCAGAAAGCUGUUGAUUCGCAGUGGGAAUCGAUUUCUAAAUGAGACUGGAACGUUGAUCCGUAAUGGACAUCUUUAGCCGACCCUUCGGGUUUGUUAACCUUUUGUUUCUGGCUGGA